AUGUCUUUUGACGUGAUCUCAUUGUUCACCUCCAUCCCACCCGCGCUGGCUAUCGACACUAUUGACGGUUUUCUCCGGGAAAAGUAUGAUGAGACCGAUCAACAGCUCAAACGAGUUCACAUCAUCGAGCUCCUAGAACUAUGUCUUAAGACGUUCUUUACAUUCAACGGCCAGGUCUACGAGCAAAAGAAGGGGACACCGAUGGGCUCGCCUCUAUCUGGAUUAAUUGCCGAAGCGGUUUUGCAGAGGCUUGAGCGGCUGGUCUUCAGCUCGUACCCCCCGAAGUUCUGGGCCAGAUACGUCGACGACACUUUCGUUAUCAUCAAAAGUGGCGAUGUGCAGGCUUUCAAGGCACUGUUGAAUUCAAUCUUUCCCGACAUCCAGUUUACCAUGGAAGAAGAGCUCAACAAUCAGCUAGCCUUCCUUGACGUACAAGUGACAAAGCUGGAGGACGGGAAGAUAAGGACAACGGUCUACCGUAAGGCAACUAACACCAGGCGAAUCCUCCACUUCAAGAGCAACCACCCCGUUGGUCACAAACGCAGUUGUGUCAGGACCCUCUUCCAACGCGUUCAAACACAUUGCUGCGACGACAAUGGGAGGAAGGAGGAGAUUAAGUACUUGCACGCCCUAUUUAAAGCCAACGGUUAUCCCAAGUCCUUCAUACGCAAGUGUCUUAAGAACCCUUACCCUGAGCGGUUGGACGGAGAAAACCCGAAAUUUUGGCUCGCAAUCCCUUAUGUGAAAAACGUGUCAGAGGCGACGGCAAGAAUCCUAAAGCCUUUCGGGAUCGGAGUGGCUCAUAAGCCAGAGUCAACAAUCAGACAGCAAAUAAUGAGACCCAAAGACCCGCUACCGGUGACAGAACAAUCAGUGGUUGUCUACAGCAUACCAUGCCAAAACUGUGAUGCAAGGUAUGUUGGUGAAACGGGCAAACGUCUUGGCACAAGAUUGCAUGAACACCAGCUUGCAAUCAACCGCAAGGACAAGCUGUCUAUGGUUUAUGGCCACGUCAAACAGCAGAACCACAAUUUCGCCUUUGAAAAGGCAAGGGUAAUCGGCCGAGCCAAUGAUAAGAUGGCCAGACUGGUGCUCGAAAGUUGGUCCUCGACUGGCACACUCAACAGAGCCAUAGAUCUGCAUCUCGCCUAUCAGGCGCUACGUACAAGGCUCGAGUCAGUGCGGACAAGGCCAUCAGGACAGCCGAGCAAAGUGACGCGUGGCCAACAGCCGAUGUCAGCAGAAAGUGGGAAAGAAGCCGGCCGGGGAUCAUGUGACCAGCAUGCGAUGCCACCUCACCGCAACACCCACGAGGCUGAGAUCAACUCACAUGAGCCCCAACAACUGUUCAGUCCGUUGAGUGACGAGGGGGAGGCCGACAAACAUGCUGGCUCACCAACAAUUACGACGGCCGAAAAGGGGUCAUUCGUUGCAGGAGCCCACCGGCGGUCAAUCGUGGAGAGGUCAACGCUAAUCGGCGGCGCAAGGGCAGGUCAAGGUUCGUGCCUCGCGCACGGAUAUAAUACCAGGCAGGUAUCAAGGCUGACGCAAUCAAGACCAGCAGGAACAGUCAACGCAUUACUCUGA